CCCAGUAUUUAUGUAUUUUCACUUGUUUAAUACUGCACAUAUUUUGCAUCACUGCCGUGAUUUGGACCAUCCUCUUACCACUGUCAUCAGCACUUUGAUCAUACUUAAUCCCCUACAUCUCUAUUUAAUAUGUAUUUGCAGGGCUAAAAUUGUCAGUGUCACAUCGUAACCCACAUUUGUUGUGUCAGAUUGUUUGCUAUUGCUACACUGAUUUCACCUCAGGACCAUGAAACAUUCCUCAUCAACCUCUGUUUGGGUGCAUUAUUUUUCCAUCUUGAAUAUAACUUUAAAGCAUCAGGACAGUGGUGUGUAACUUCACAUUUAAAGUACAAUUUAAUGUGAAUUUGUCAUUUAUUUAGUUUACUUUAUUAUUUAAUUCAGUAUGUGUGAUAACAGGUGGAUCUUUACAGUAAAGAUACAAAAGCCAUGCUUGUUGUAUUGGUAUUUCUUGUAGCAUUAUCCUUAAUCAUUACAUUAUCCUAAUCCCUCCAUAUGUUGUUGCUGCCUUAGAGACAACAGAAGUUUCUCUCCCGAAGGGAACAAGGCUGGAACAAAGGGUCGUAAGACAGUUAAUAAGAUUUGAUCACAGGACAGUGAAACACACCUGUUCAGAUCAGCCUCACUGUAACUGCAGCUCAGCGUGGACCGUGAGAACAACUCUGUCUUCUGCUGCUUGUUUCUCUGCAUUUGCUUCUGUGAGGACACACUUCUCUGUUCACCAAUGCGUCUCUACCAUGGCACACAGAUAUCUCAAAAAAGGGGUCUUCAAAAUAGAAAAGAGAGACAUCACUGCUGGAUGGCCUCACCACACCAGGUGACUGAGAGUCCACAGCAGGAGUCUGGUGACCUCAUCCAACCCAGAAAGCUGCCAAAUCCCAUGCUGGCUUCUCACCAACACAAAUCACUACACCAAGAGCUGCUAUUCUGCCACAAAAGAGGUCUACUGCCCAGAAAAAAGCCUGAGCUGCAGUGCGUGCUGGAACAUAAACAGAAAGAGCAGCACAAGCAGAGGGAGCUGGCCCUCUCACCUCCCUCCGACUUGGAGGUGAAGCUACGCAGGAGGCAGCAGAGAAUACAAAUCUACGAGCUGGAGGAGAAGAGGAGGAGUGAGAGCCUGCAGAAUAUACCGGAGUUUGUACGUGUGAGGGGAACCCUGAGACGGGUCCAAACUUUUUCUUGGUGAUGACAGGAGCAAAGUGACACUUAAUGACAUUAUCAUGGAGCCCUGACAAGUUCCUACAAAGUCGGUUCAAAGGAUCCUUUACUGGCAACUGCAUAUAUUUCUACUGAAAUCAUCAAAAUUGAUCAGUAUUACUUUGAGACUAAUGUUGAAAUAUAAUGGAUUGUUUAUUUCAAUGGCAGUUUGGAGUUGUAAAAUCCUCCUGUGAGAGUAUUUUCUCUUAAAAGUGUGUUGUGUAAAGAUAAUAAACCAAGAAGUGUGUUUUUACACUAAAUAUAGCAGCUAUUUAAGGUAU